AUGGCGACAACAUCGACAAUAUAUCAGAUACCUUUGCUGCGAUUGCAGCAGACAUUGGACCACAUUCAGGCACCGUCACAUCGCAAAAAUACCCAAAAGCUUGCGAUUGUGCAUGGGCCAAGUCAACCUGCUCUCUGGGAAAUGACCGUGGGCGAACUACUUACCUUUCAAUGCCUUCGAUACCGCAACUCAGAGUGUCUCGUUUGUCCGUGGACAGGCGCGAGAUGGACAUACGGAAAUCUAGAAGAUGAGAGCAAUGGGGUUGCCCGUGGUUUGAUAGCCAAAGGUAUCCAGCACGGGGAUCGGGUCGCUGUAAUGGCAGGCAAUUGUGAACAAUAUGUUUCGCUGUUCUUUGCGGCAGCUCGGGUCGGAGCGAUUCUGGUGGUCAUUAAUAAUACCUAUACCCAUGCAGAGCUAAUAUUCGCUUUGAAACAUAUCGGGUGUAAACUGUUUUUCAUUGUGCCGAAAAUUGGGCGUCAUGACCUUCAGGAGGCAUUGAAGGACUUACCUUCGUCAGGGCUUUCAUCGAAGCUUCCUCACCUGCAGCAGACAAUAAUCCUUCGCGGAAAGUACGAAAAUUUUGAGACAUAUGAAGACGUCAUUAAUUCUGGAAAUCCCGUUCCUAUGAAUGUAGUUCAGCGGCGGCAAGACGGUCUCUCGCCAUUCGAUAUUUGCAAUUUGCAAUUCACAAGUGGCUCGACAGGCGCACCGAAAGCCGCGAUGUUGACUCAUCACAAUCUGAUUAAUAAUUCGCGGUUCAUUGGAGAUCGGAUGGAUUUCACUCCGUCCGACGUGCUCUGUUGCCCGCCACCACUAUUUCAUUGCUUCGGCCUAGUUCUUGGUCUCCUUGCCUGCAUUACGCAUGGGGCUAAGAUUGUAUACCCAGCAGAAACCUUCGACGCGACAUUAGUCUUGAAAGCGAUCUCGGACGAAAAGUGCACAGCACUUCAUGGAGUUCCGACAAUGUUUGAGUCUAUACUAUUGCAACCACGACCGGAAGGGUUUGAUUGCACAUAUCUGAGAACCGGGAUUAUCGCCGGGGCUCCAGUCCCCCGGCCAUUAAUGCAACGGUUGUUAAAUGAGUUGAACAUGACGGAGUUCACCAGUAGCUAUGGGUUAACUGAAGCGUCGCCAACAUGCUUCAAUGCACUCACAAGCGAUUCUAUCAGUCGCAGGCUAACCACAGUGGGCAAAGUGAUGCCUCAUGCAAGCGCAAAAAUCAUUAAUCCAAGAACCGGAAAGACGGUGAAAGUUGGAGAAAGAGGGGAACUAUGCAUGGCAGGGUAUCAAAUAUUCCAGGGAUAUUGGAAUAAUCCAAGCAAAACUGCCGAGACACUUCUCCGUGAUGACGAUGGAACAAUGUGGCUGAGGACAGGUGACGAAGCCGUGUUUGACGAGGAAGGAUACUGCAGCAUCACCGGGCGCUUCAAGGAUAUCAUUAUUCGAGGGGGUGAAAAUAUUUAUCCCCUCGAAAUUGAGGAACGUCUUGCCGCUCAUCCGUCAAUCUCCAAAGCCGCAGUGGUGGGAAUACCAGACAGCCAUUAUGGCGAAGUGGUCGGUGCAUUUUUAUCAAUAGAGGAAGGACAGACGCGCCCCACCGUCGAAGAACUCAGGGACUGGACAAGAAAAACGCUGGGCAGGCAUAAGGCUCCCAAGCAUAUCUUCAUGCUCGGGUUGGAUCCCCGCCUUCCUCCCAUCAUGCCUCUGACUGGUAGUGGCAAGGUUCAAAAGCAGGUCCUACGGGAGUUGGGUAGUAAUUUAUUAACAAAAGCUUAG